AUGAUACAUAUGAAUACUGAAAGGACUGAGGAUGAGAUGCAUCUAAGAGAAUGUUGUUAUUCGAUUAAUUAUAUCUAUUUCCCUUGUCAUACGGUCCUCGAAGCAACCUGUUCAACAACAAAUCCAAGUACAAGUCCCGAAGAACACGAAACAAUCUGUUCAACAACAAAUUCAAGUACAAGCGAAUGCUUCGAUCGUUUGAUACUUGGAACCGCUGAAGCUAAAACGAUCAGAUGUCAACAUAAAAUUGUUGAAUGGAAUCACUUGGAAGAGGCAACGGAGUUCGAAUGCCAAACACAACUUAGGUUAACUUUAGUGGACACAGAAGUGGCAUGA